AUGUCCCAGAAUACUAACGGACAAUGGAACCAAGGCGGAUCCUCCACGCCAACCCAGAAUACCAACGGAGAAUGGCAUCAAACCUCAAACGAAUCGACUCCCUCCCUCUCCUCUUCAAGCAGGACAGCUUCCGAGCCCUCUGGACGAGACAGCCAACCCGAGUCUGCUCCCCUACCCUUUCCAAUUCCUCAAGAUGCCACAAAUGAAGGUUCCACCAGUUCGCGUUCCACCACACCCUCCACGAACAAUGGAAAUGGCAACGCAAGAGACGACAGAACUAGAGCUGGCAGUCAAGCAUCGAGCGACAGUCACGCGUGGCCAAAUCAAAUAAAUGGUAGCGGCAACGGAAACAGCAUGGGGCCAUCCACUGCGACGACCUCAAGAGAAAGUUCUCCGGCUCCGACCACUAUCAGCGAGGACAGCCAGCCACUGCCCUUCCGGCGAAGCACGGCUCCGAGUCCGUCGAGCCAGGGAACGACUAGGGAAGGUACACCUGCAGCUGAUGGUCAAGGUCAGGCGCAAGACCUUGAAAGGGUUGCGGAAGAGGAAAAUGGGGAUGGUGGAGAGGAGGAGGGCGACCCUGCUGAAGAUCUUCUAGAUGACAUGAUUGAGGUUGCUGAGCGAGGUGAGGGUGGAGAUGGCGGUGAUGGAAAUAGACAAUGA